CGCGCCUCUCGUGCUAUCUCCGUAGUUCUGGACCGGCGUUCGGAUUAUAACCCGGAUCCCGGAGAGCUGUGAACCGUUGUGCUCAAAUACCUUCCGACAUCCCCCCCCCCCCAAAGUUGUCCGGGGUUUAAUCAGCCUGUUCUUCUUCGGUUUACCACCCGAACUUUAUCCUUUCCCUCUAGAUACCCGUGUCCCUGUUCUUUCUAUCGUUUGUUUCGCAUCCCGUCCUUCAGAGAUACCCAGUAAACCAUGGCCGCCCAAACGGAUAGGCAUCCUAGUCCUAGUCACUAUGACAUCGUCAUUGUUGGCGCCGGCCCUGUCGGCUUGAUGUUGUCGACCUGCCUGGCAAGAUGGGGGUACAAGAUCAAGCACAUCGACAACAGGGCAGAACCCACACCCACGGGCCGAGCCGACGGAAUCCAGCCUCGCUCGCUCGACCUACUCCGGAAUAUGGGGCUCAAGUCCGCUAUCAUGGCCCAUAAACCUGCCCGUGUCUACGAGGUCGCCUUCUGGGACCCGCCAACCGCCGGCAAGGGCAUCGUUCGGACCGGCACCUGGGCCAGCUGCCCCAGCUUUAUCGACGCCAGAUAUCCCUUCACCACACUUCUUCACCAGGGCCUCAUCGAACGUGUGUUUAUCGGUGACCUUGAGAAGAACGACGUCAAGAUCCAGCGGCCGUGGACCAUCAAGGGCUUCACUUCCAACGAGAAAGAGGACCCCGAGUACCCCGUCACUGUCGAUCUGGAGCACGUCGAUGGCACCUCGAAGGAAACGGUCAAGGCGAAGUACCUGUUCGGCGGCGAGGGCGCGCGGUCAUUUAUCCGUGACCAGUUGAAAAUCGGCAUCAAGCACAAGGACCCCAUCGCGUAUGUGUGGGGUGUGAUGGAUGGCGUUGUCGAGACAGACUUUCCCGAUAUCAAGAUGAAAUGCACAAUCCAUUCCGAACACGGCUCCAUCAUGGUUAUUCCCCGCGAGAACAACAUGGUCCGCCUCUACAUCCAGAUCGCCUCCUCCACCGACCCCGACUUCAACCCCCGGAAGACUGCGACCGCCGAGGAAGUCCAGGCGUCCGCGAAACGGAUUCUGCAGCCCUACUCGAUCCAGUGGGAGAGGGUAGAGUGGUACUCGGUGUACCCCAUCGGCCAGGGCAUUUCCGACAAGUACACCCUAGACCACCGCGUGUUCCUUGGUGGCGAUGCUUGCCACACCCACAGCCCCAAGGCCGGCCAGGGUAUGAACACCGCCUUCCUGGAUGCACAGAAUCUGGCUUGGAAGAUUCACGCUGUCGAGGCUGGUUUCGCCAACCGUAGCCUGCUGGAGACGUACGAACCUGAGCGCAAGAACGUCGCUGAGACCCUGCUUUCUUUCGACAACAAGUACGCCAAGCUCUUCUCGCAGCGCCCGCCCGCCGCGGUAGAAGUUGCCGCAGCCUCCGCCCAAGCCAGCAACGGCGGCCAGUCAGGGAACGAGUUUAUCAACACCUUCAAAGAGUCCUGCGAGUUCACCAGCGGCUACGGCGUCUUCUACAAGGCCAACGCCCUCAACUGGUCCCCCUCGCACCCGGCCCAGUCCCACGUCGUGCACCCCAAGACCACCAAGCUCGUGCCCGGCCGCCUCUUCAUGAACGCCGACGUGACCCGCGUCGUCGACGCCAACGUAGUCCACCUGGAACAAGAAAUCCCCCUCAACGGCUCCUUCCGCCUCUUCAUCUUCGCCGGCAAGCCCUCCGCGACCGCCCAGGCCCUCCGCGACCUCGCCGCCAACAUGGCCAAGAAGAACUCCUUCUACACCGCCUACGCCCGCCCAAACCUCAACCACAUCAGCCACCACGAGCGCCACAACCCGCACUCGCUCUUCUUCACCGUCGCCACCAUCUUCGCCGCCCCGCGGCCCGACGUCGAGAUCUCGCGCGACCUGCCGCCGCUGCUCGCCCGCUACCGCGACCACGUCUACGCCGACGACCGCUGGGACCGCCGCGCGCCCGACGCCGCCGCCUGCGCCCACGCCAAGAUGGGCCUGGACCAGGAACGUGGUGGCGUUGUUGUUGUCCGCCCCGACGGCUAUGUCGGCGUUGUGGUCGCGCUCGAGGAGGGCGCGGCGACGGUGGAUGCGCUGAACCAGUACUUUGGCGCGUUUUGCACGAAGAAGUUGGGGGAGACGCAGGCGCAGCUUUGAGAGAGAGAGAGCCCGGCGGGAGAGAGCAGCAGGUCAGUGU